AUCCCCCCACCUUCACCUCCACGACGAGGAUUGUUUCAACUGCUCACUCCCGAAUUACUUCCCGAAUUACUUCUCCGGUGGUUUCGGAGGCAACUUCUGGGAACUACAACGUUUUAUCGCCGUGAAUUCUAUCUUCAUCUUCGUUCUCUUUACGCCAUGAAAGCCCUGCUUGUGCUCCUUCGCGAACUCUCCUCCUGACUGGUUCUCUCUGUCCGUAACUCCCUCCUCUACUCGUCUUCUGGGCGUGAGGAUUUUACGCUGGUGAAGUUGGGGUUGAAAAGAUGGGCAGUUCGUUUAACCCUCAGAUUUUAGUUGAGAAACUUGCCAAGCUCAACAAUUCUCAAGCAAGCAUAGAGACUUUAUCGCAUUGGUGCAUUUUUCACAUGAACAAGGCAAAACAUGUAGUGGAAACAUGGGACAGGCAGUUUCACUGCGCCCCAAGAGAGCAACGAUUGGCAUAUCUGUACCUUGCGAAUGAUAUCUUGCAAAACAGUAGGAGAAAGGGUUCGGAGUUUGUUGGUGAAUUCUGGAAAGUUCUCCCUGAUGCUCUUCGGGAUGUGACUGCUAACAGUGAUGAAUUAGGGAGAAAUGCUGCGUUGCGGCUGAUUAAUAUCUGGGAAGACAGGAAAGUUUUUGGUUCCCGGGGGCAAAUUCUCAAAGAAGAGUUUUUGGGAAGGCGGCCUGAAAAUGGCAACAAAAAUGGAAGGCAUGUGCCUGUUAAGCUUAGGCAAGCAAAUGGAAGUGCACUGGAGAAAGUAGUUUCUGCUGUUGAAUCUCUUUAUGGUGGUCAGAUUGAUGAAGAUGUGAUUCUUGGAAAAUGCAGUAGUGCUACUAGCUACCUUGAGAAAGUAGGGAAGGAGGUUGAGGGUGAUCUUAGUUCAGGGCAUCCCCCUGGACCUGCGGUGGUGAAAGAGGUGCAAGGACAACAUAGCAUACUGAGGGAGUGCAUGGAACAGCUGAAAGCCAUCGAGACAGCCAGAAAGGAUCUUGUUUCUCACUUGAGAGAGGCUCUGCAUGAACAGGAACUCAAGCUGGAGAAAAUCCAAAACGAACUUCAGGUUUCCCAAUCUCAAUCAGACCGGACUGGAGAUCUUUGUAGACAGCUUCUAGACCAUUCCACUCCGGUCUACAAAGCCCCGGAGGCACAGGGGGAACAGUCUGCACCUGUGAUGUAUGGGAACCCGACCCAGACAGCAGAGGAAGAGACCAGAAAAUUGGCUGCGGCAGCAGUGGCAGCCAAGCUAACAGAAUCAACUUCCUCGGCCCAGAUGCUAUCCUACGUCUUCUCGUCCCUUGCUUCCGAGGGCAUCAUCGGGAACCCAUCUGUAACAGAACCCCCUUCCAGUGAUUAUCCGCCGGAAAAAAGGCCAAAGCUUUCGGAUCAUGACCAACCCUACAUCCCACCUCAGCAACAACCCGCGAUUUCUUUCGCGGAAAAUCUCCAACAUAACGCUCCAAUGACGUCCUCAGCCUCUGGUCAUCUUCCUUCGCCGCUACUGCCACCGUUCCAGCAGCCGCCACAGUUCUUGCAGCCCUUACAACCACCAGGACCUACCUCCCACGCGCUGUUCAGCUACAGCAUGUCCACAGCCAUGGCUGCAGCCUCGCAGCAGCAAUCUUCUUCAGUUCCUGGAUACACUCCACCAGCAGCGGCCACUCCUUUCACAUCUCCGCCUCCGCCGGUUAAUUCUUAUCAGAAGUGUCAGGGCUCAGAAGGAUUCUACGGCGUGAACUUACCGAUUACUCGGCAGUAGAAUGAAGAUGGAUCUGUAGUUGUCGGAUCAAUAGCAAAAGUUUGUCCUUUUAUCUUUUCUUUUUGGGUUCCUUCUGGUGCUGUCCUCGUUGAGGUUUUCGUGUGUGCUUCUGAUUAUACGCCUCUAAUUUAGAGAUAUCUGCACAUAGUAACCAUGUUUGUACCUUAUGUUUUCCAAAGUCUCACUCUGAUAUUCGCUGUUACUUAUGCAGGGUUUAUGACUC